AUGAAAUUUGACCAAGUGUACGAUCUCUUAAUUAUUAAGGAGUUUGAUCCUUCUUACACUAUUUGGGUCUUCCAUGGAGAAACUUAUAACCGACAAUAUCAAGGUGAAGGUAGUUCAGGAGAAUUUCAGAAAGAUGAUGAAAGUAGAGAGGCAUAUCACUUAUAUAAGGAUGCCUUUGUGCCAGAAGAAGAGGUUGGAUACACUAUGUCUGAGGCAAAAGAUAACGACUUUGCUAGUUUAUUAGAAGAUGCAGAAACUCCCCUCUUCCCUGGUUUCACAUCUUACACAAAGUUAUCAGCAGUCGUCACAUUAUACAAUUACAAGUCUACUAAUGGUCACACAGACAAUAGUUUCAAUGAGCUCCUUAAGAUCUUAGGCGACAUGCUUCCAGAAAAAAACACACUUCCAGAAACUGUUUACUCGAUGAGAAAAUUGUUAAAACCAUUUGAUUUAGGAUAUGAGAAGAUUCAUGCUUGCCCAAAUGAUUGUUGUCUAUUUCGAAAGGAGCUUAAAAAUCUGGAUACGUGUCCAAAGUGUGGUUCAUCAAGAUGGAAGGUGGACAAAGUUACCACCAAAGUUUUUAAAGGUGUUCCAGAAAAGGUGCUACGGUAUUUUCCGGUGAUACCAAGAUUUAAAAGGAUGUUUAAAUCAAAAGAAAAAGCUGAAGAGUUGAUUUGGCACUCCAACCACAAAAGUCAAGAUCACAUGAUGUGUCAUCCAGUUGAUUCAGUAGCUUGGGAUACAAUAAAUCAUAAAUGGCCAGAUUUUGCAUUAAAUCCUAGAAAUCUGCGCCUUGGCCUUGCAACGGAUGGAUUCAACCCUUUUGGCGACCUUAGUUCUAGAUAUAGUUGUUGGCCCAUUAUUUUGGUAAAUUAUAACCUUCCUCCAUUGAUGUGCAUGAUGAAAGAAAAUCUUAUGUUGACAUUACUAAUUCCAGGUCCAAAGCAACCGGGAAAUGAUAUAGAUGUAUACUUGGAACCCCUUAUCGAGGAUUUAAAGGAGUUGUGGGAGACAGGUGUAGAGACGUAUGAUGCAUUCAGCAAGUCAAUGUUCAAUCUAAAGGCUAUUUUGAUGUGGACAAUCAAUGAUUUUCCAGCUUAUGGUAACCUAGCUGGAUGUGCCACAAAAGGGAAACUUGGUUGCCCAAUAUGUGGGGAAGACGUAUGUUCUAUGUGGCUUAAGUAUAGCAGGAAGUUUGCAUAUAUGGGCCACAGAAGAUUUCUUUCUCCUAAUCACCCAUUUCGUCAGAAAAAGAAGUGGUUUAAUGGAAAAAAAAGAAAGAAAAGGGAAACCUAG